UCUUGAUUUAAUAAUCGUAUUAUUGUUAAUACAAAAUGUGUUUAUUUUAUUAUUCAAUAUUUUUAUUGAUUUUAUUAAUUCAUGCAAACAAUUGCCUAAUACUGAAAGGAGUGACCAUUUCUAACUGGCCGUUUGUGGAGAGAUAUCAGGACCGGAACGGAAACAUAGCAUACGAUGGCUAUGCUAUUGAACUCAUAGACAAGAUAUCAAAGAGCGCUGGUUUUGACUACGAGUUAUAUGAGGCGCCGGACGGCAAGUACGGGGUCUACGAUCCACAGACCGGACGCAUCGACGGAGCCAUCGGUGAAGUCCUCACCAAAUUAGAGUUAUAA